UGUGUCACGAAAUGCAACCCGACAACGACGGACUAAAAAAUUGUUCAUGGUUGCAGAGUCUACGCGGUGAAGGCUUCUGCAUGGAUAUGUGUUAUCUAAUUUAUUUUAAAAAGUUAUGGUUUUGGUCCGGGCAUAACUAAAAAGUACCUAUAUAUGUGUUAGUGAAACUCCGACUAAUUGGACACGCGAAAGUGCUAUGAACAUGACUCCAUUGGUGCAGUUUGUUUUCCAAUACGAACGUUAACGUUAGAGUACUUCGAGGUUGCCAGUCUGCAUUCGCCCAGACUGUUUUUUUUUUUCAUUUCUACAAAGCCAACUGCUGCUAGAAGACACGGAAUACAUUAUUUAUUUUUCUUGUGGAAAAUAGUAUGAAUUUCAUCAUGAGAGUUCGCUUUAAAUUGUAAAUAUUCACGUUUACUGGCUAACUGCGUUUUAACAAAGUAGUUAGGAAGCUAGCGAACUUGGCUAGUUAGCCAUCUAACGUUGACCGAAAAGCUAGCUGGCUAGCAUUAGCAUUUUUUGUCUGUCAUUUAGCUAGCUAACACUGACAGCUAGUUUAUGCUAACCACCUAGCUAGCAUUGUUUUCGCUUAAGUUAAGUAGCUAGCAAGUUAGCUAAAAUGUCAAUUAUAGCAACAGGUAGAUAUAUUGCUGAUAUUACAAGUUAACAAAUACCGAUCAAUUUAAUUGGGCAACAUUUCAGCUGACAGAUCAUUAGAUAUCGUUAACAUUGAUUGCCGUUGUACUUUUACCAAUAAAUGGCAUGAGUUGUCUGGCUUGUUACGGACAACCUUAGUUUUCCAAACAGCUCGUUGGACUCAUCAAACUGACCGAAUGAUGCAGAAUUGGAAACGGAUUAGUAGUUAUUGAAUCAAGUGGGGUUUUGGAAAGCUUGCUGUUUUUACAAUAAGUUGAAGUUGGGAAAGAUUCAGAUGUUUCUGGACUGGGAGGCUAAACCCUGAAUCUGUCAUUGGCGCAUUUGUCAAAAAAUAUUUUAACGAUACAGUUAAUGCAUCAAAAUGUCGGCUAUCUCAGCUACCGAGAAAGUGGACGGGUUCACGCGAAAAUCAAUGAGGAAGGCCCAGAAACAGAAGAAAUCUCAAGGCUCGUCCCAGUUCCGAACCCAAGCUCUUACCGAGCUUUCGCCCUUGCCGCAACUCAAAGACGCCCCCUCCACAGAGCAGCAGGAGCUGUUCAGCCAGAAGCUCCAACAGUGCUGCAUGCUCUUUGACUUCAUGGACUCCGUCACCGACCUGAAGAGCAAGGAGAUCAAGCGGGCCACGCUCAACGAGCUGGUGGACUACGUCUCCACCAACCGUGGUGUCCUGGUGGAGACUGCCUAUCCGGAGAUCUCCAAUAUGAUCUGCACCAACAUUUUCCGCACUCUUCCGCCGAGUGACAACCCCGAUUUUGACCCUGAGGAGGACGAGCCCACUCUCGAGGCCUCCUGGCCACACAUACAACUUGUCUACGAAUUCCUCCUGCGAUUCUUGGAGAACCCUGACUUCCAGCCCAGCAUCGCCAAACGCUACAUUGACCAGAAGUUUGUGCUUCAGCUCCUGGAACUGUUUGACAGUGAGGACCCCCGGGAGAGGGACUUCCUGAAGACCGUCCUACAUCGGAUCUAUGGGAAGUUCCUGGGGUUGCGGGCCUUCAUCAGGAAGCAGAUCAACAAUAUCUUCUUGCGGUUCAUCUAUGAGACGGAUCACUUCAACGGGGUGGCAGAGCUGCUGGAGAUCCUGGGGAGCAUCAUCAAUGGUUUCGCCCUGCCGCUGAAGGCAGAACACAAGCAGUUUCUGAUGAAGGUGCUCGUCCCCAUGCACACCGCUAAAGGCCUGGCCCUGUUCCAUGCACAGCUGGCCUACUGUGUCGUCCAGUUCCUGGAGAAGGACCCGAUCCUCACUGAACCGGUGAUUCGGGGCCUUUUGAAGUUUUGGCCCAAGACCUGUAGCCAGAAGGAGGUGAUGUACCUUGGGGAGAUUGAGGAGAUCCUGGAUGUCAUUGAGCCCACACAGUUCAAGAAGAUCCAGGAGCCCCUGUUCAAGCAGAUCUCCAGAUGUGUGGCCAACCCCCACUUCCAGGUAGCGGAGAGAGCACUCUACUUCUGGAACAACGAGUACAUCCUGAGCCUAAUUGAGGAGAACAUUGACAAGGUUCUGCCCAUCAUGUUUGGCAGCCUGUACAGGAUCUCCAAAGAACACUGGAACCCGACGAUUGUAGCUCUGGUCUACAAUGUACUGAAGACCCUGAUGGAGAUGAACAGCACACUGUUUGACGAGCUGACAGCCUCCUACAAAUCAGACCGACAGCGGGAGAAGAAGAAGGAGCAGGAGCGGGAAGAGCUGUGGAAGAAGCUGGAUGAGCUGAAGCUGAGCGACGCAGCGGCCCUGGUACAGAACAACAGCCAUGGCCUGCAGAAUGCUGCCCAGAACAACAACAACAACAACAACAACAAUCACCAUGACAACCAGGAGAAGAGCACUUCAGUCUCUGCUGCAGCUGACCAUGAAGACCUCGUUGUCACGGUGGAAACCACUGACAGCAUGGAGGAUGUCACAAGUGCCAAAUGACACAGGACUUCACAUUGAACUCUGUAACGGUUUUGAGGCCGUCUGAGAACUGUCAGGGAGAUGCCUAGGGAGGAGAUGGUAACAGCAAACAAAGAAAGAUAAACCUCAUCAGUAUGUUGAUUCUAUAUACAGUAAAACUACUUCAGAUGCCAGCAAUUCUCCUUUGGCAAAAAAAAACGACGUAUAUUUCAACUUAAGACUAUUUUUGGAUGUUACAAUGUGGCCACAGUAUAUUGGUAAACCUUUCUCUUUUUUUGUCUGAUCAAAGAAUUUUUCCUUUAACAUUUAGUUUCUUAACUGAGAAAAUAUUUUUUUUUUUGUGAUAUUCAGUGUAAAAAUAUUGGGACAGGGGAGAAAAUAAUGACUUGAAAAUAAAGUUUUUGAUUGUGCUGCACUUAGAGAAGCUAAAUGGCUAUUUUAAGAUUUGUCUAUUUUGUAUGUGCUUUCCUCACUACUGCCAACACGUGGGUGCAACUGUUAGGGAAGUGGGGGCGGGGUCAAGCUUUAGGGGGUGGGCUUGGGAUGCAGGAGUGUGUCCGUAGUCUCUCAUGAGCGAAUGUCACUAUCAUGAGGUCUCGUGUUUUCAGGUGUGUGAUAUUUUUUUAUCUGAGUACGUGAAGCUUAAUAUUAUAGCGGUUAUUGUAACAGAUUCAAGACCUGCACCCCCAAAACCUAUUUACAGUAAGUAUUUGAAAUGAGCUUAGUUUAGAGGAAGAAACAAUGAAACCGGCACGGAUGCACCAUAACAUAUUUUUCCAGUCUAAAUAGAGAUUUAAUUCAUGAAUGGGAAAAAAAAAAAGAUUUAGAAUAAAAAACUAAAUGACCCAUAUAUUUUUUUCCAGAGAUGAUUUGUUAAACCAGGUGGGAGCAGAUUGAGGAUGGUGAUUUCUGCCAAUUUAAAUGUGGCUGGAUGCAAUGUGUGUGUGUGUGUGUGUGUGUGUCAGUGUGUGUGUAUGGGGUUUGGCAGUUUGCUUCAAGGUCAGUGUCCUCUAAUUGUAGGUCCAGUCUGUUCUGAUGCCUUUCUGUCAGAGUGUUCCAUUCCAAUCUCUGUUACAUACAACUGUGUGGGGAUCCCUGUUUUGUAAUUAAAGAUCUUAUCUAGGUUUUGAACACCAUCAAAAUAAAGUCUACCUUAUGUUUCUACUCAAACUC